UUCUCGGAUCGUAAGCAGUCACAGUCUGUCGAAAUGUCGAGUGCUACAACUCUAGCUGAUCUGAAAUGCUUCGUUGCAGAAAUAAUGAAAGAAAGGGCGAUCACCAAGUACGAAAUCCAUAUAGAAGGCCACUCUGGCAGGGGUGAGAACUACCUAGGUGAAGUGACGUUUUUUUCUGUGACCACCAGCAACAAUGGCCGAAGAUACGAUAUGGUGAUGAAGACCGCCAAGAGAUCGGAAGAACUGAGGAAAACCAUGGCAGUCGAAAGCGCCUACAGAAGAGAAUCUCUUAUGUACAGCAAGGUCAUUCCCGAGAUAGAGAGAUUUCUCGAAGAUGCGAAUUGUGGAGUGAAGGUAGUGAAGAUCGACUUCGUGCCUAAAAUUUUCUGGAUAUGCGACGAGGAAAAUCGCGAAACUUUAAUCAUGGAAAACCUGAAGGCCAGAGGCUUCAGACAUUGGAACAGGAGAAGGCCAAUGGACAUGAACCACGCGCUCUUCAUACUGAAGCACCUGGGCGAAUAUCACGCAACCACGAUGGCCAUGAAGGUUUUGAAGCCGAAAACUUUCGACAAAUUCGCCAGAACUAUGAACGGUAUCUGGCAGGAAUUCAUGGAGAAAAUCGACGGGAACACGCUGUUCGUAUCCAAUCUGAGGAACGCCGUCAGGUGUUUGGAGGAGAAGGGAAACAAGGAGUUGGCCGACAAGUUCAAAGCCGUCGAGGAUAAGGUUGGCGACAUCAUUUACGGUGAGAUACCGGUCGAAGAUAGACUUGUGAUAACACACGGCGAUUGCUGGAUUAAUAAUAUUCUGCUAGGAUAUGAGGAUGAAAACUCUUCAACUCCUUCGAAAAUAUGCUUCGUGGACUUCCAACUAUCAUCGUACGAUACCCCGAUCAAGGACUUGAGCUACUUCAUCUACACGGCGUGCGAUAAAACCCUCCUAGACGAUUUCGAUCUGCUCCUGAGGAAUUACCACACGUCCCUAUCGGAAAACCUCGAAGCUUUGGGAUGCAACGUGGACGAUAUCCUUCCCUACCCCCAGUUGAUGGAACACUGGAAGAGAUACGCCAAUUUCGGUCUCAUUCUAUCAACCAUGGUCGUGAAGGUUGAACUGCUAGAUUCAGACGAGGCGCCCGACAUCACUGAGAUAUCCGAAACUGGAGCCGAUUUCGCUGAGACCUUCAAUCGCAAGAUCAAGAACGAGGAGGGUUACGAGAGAAGAAUGUUAGACGUUCUAACACAUUUCGGAAGAAAGUUUUUAUGAUUGUACAUUUUACUUAGAGGUAGUGAGAAUAUUGUCAGAACUGAGACAUUCGAAAAAAAUUUCCAUCUAGAUGAAUAAAAUUCAAAUUUAUUGAAAGAAAAAU